AUGGAAGAGCAGAAAUCUGAAAAAUACUUUUGGCUCCUACUGCUUAGGAAAUUCAGUUCCAGGGAAAUUUUGCAUCAAAAAAGUUCACACUGCCUUUUGAGUUCCAGGGAAAUUUUGCAUCAGAAAAGUUCACACUCCCUUUUGGGACUAUUGACAGUAAACAUCUUUAAAGGUAUUGUACUUGAAGCAAAAACAUGUGUGGGAUCAUUUGCUCAUGGUGAACAAGAUGCAAAAUCUUUUGCGUCUAAAAAAAAUUCAAACCUACUUGUAAAGAACGACAACUUCAUUAGGGGUAUAUUUUAUUUGCAACAUGAUAACUGCAAUCAUGUUGGGACUAAGUCAAUUGUGCGGCACAUACGACAAGGAUAUCUUAAAAUUCCUCCACUCCUACAUCCUACCAAUUUAAUAGAGAGUCGUGCGAGCAGAGACCAAGCCUCAUCUCCUCUCAUAGAAACAGUGGCAUCACCUUCCUCACUGAGUCUUGCACCUAUUGAAGAUGAAGCCCCAAUCAUUUUACUUGCUCGCCUGCUCACACUGCAAUCACUUUGUACGCAGCAAGACAAAAAAAAUGGUUCGGUGCUUCAGUUGUUAGCUAGAACAGAUGUUGGUCCCCAGUGGGAUAUAAUGCACCAGAAUAUGCAACAGGGAGGGAAAUUCUCGAUCAAGUCGGACAUCUUUAGCUUUGGAGUAUUACUUUUGGAAAUAAAAGCCACUAAACAGUGACCAUUCGAUUUACACAGGCCACUUAAAAGUGACCAUUCGAUAUUGCAUUCUGACAUUGUCUUUUGUAUGUACAUAUACUAUUGUUUUAGCUACAUAUCCAGGAUUUGAAUUAAGGCUAUUGUGUCCUGUCAAACCCAUACCCUUGUUCGGCAUUCUUCAUGAUGAUAGUAAUAAUAGUCAAAUAAUAGUCGGUUCAUAAAUAAAUGCUUAUUUUGUUCAAA